GAAUGCGUCUGUUGCGGAGACUCCAAGCACCCGAACGAUUUCAGCUCCAUGCCCGCCACCGAAAGUUGCGAGCACGAUAGUCUCACGUGCAAAGAAUGCAUGCAAUCCUGGCUUUCAUCAGAAUUCGACAGCAAGGGAGCAGAAUCCAUCAAAUGCCCCGAAUGCCCAUCACAAGUCAGCUACGAGGACAUGCAACGUCUCGCCAGCGAGGAGACUUUCGAGAAGUAUGAAAAAAUCCUCACCCGAAACGCUCUGUCCAGUCUCCCAGAAUUCUCCUGGUGUCUCGCCUCAGGCUGUACCUCCGGUCAACUGAACGCGGAAAACGCAAAUUUCAUGGACUGUGUCUCCUGCCACUACAAACAAUGUCUCACUCAUAAAUGUCCCUGGCACGUCGGCGAAACGUGUGAUCAGUACACGUAUCGCACUUCGGGGCAGAAAUCCAAGGACGAAGACGCCGCGACGGAAGCUAUGCUGGACACGGUGAGCAAAUCCUGCCCCGGUCCGAAAGGCAAGGCGUGUGGAUGGAGAAUUCAGAAAAUUGAUGGAUGCGACCAUAUGACUUGUCGUAGCUGCAAACAUGAGUUUUGUUGGGAAUGCCUUGCUAGUCAUCGUGAGAUUAAGGAGGUGGGGAAUACGGCGCAUGAGGAGUGGUGUAAAUUCCACAGUAAGAAUUUGGACGUCGCAUGGCCUUUUAAUGUGCAUGCUUGAGCGGAGAAAGGGUUGUGUAAUUGAUGUUGGGUUUAGAUUGCGCUCUUUUGCUCUUUUUGUGAUGGCUGGGCUUAAGAUACCGACAGUGAGCUGGAAGCAAAUAGCACAAAUACAGGCCAAGUCUGGUAC